AUCCCCGCACAAAAAUAAUAGAAGUUUGUGCAAGAAAGAAGAUAUCGUAAGAACAUGGCAGAAAAACAUAAUUAGCUAGUUACAUGAAAUAAAAUAAUACACUAAGUCAAUGGAUUGAUGAAUAAUAUUCAGCACGACGUACCUUGGUACUUAAAGCAGCUUCCCCAGGUAUUGAAAGUCUUCUCGAUCUAGCAGUUUUAAAUUUCAGUGAUUGAAGGUAGACUUUGCAGAACAACAACACACUAGGCACACUUUGUACAACAACAGUAGGUCUAGCAAGAUUGCAUGAAAGCAAGAUAAAUAUUCCAGCGAUACUUCAUUUAUAUUCCGCUACUACUUUUUAAAAGAAUUUCGCAGAAAUGUGAAAACACAGCUAAGAGUGCUUCGAUUCUCAGCGGGCAGUGCGCAUGAUUCGACUUCAGCGGUAGCGAUGCAUAAACGACUGGUCUGUGGUCUGCAAAAUACGGGUUAAGACACGCACAACAUGAUAAGAAGCGGGAAAUAGGGUCGCGGAAAAAAAGAAGAAUUAUGGCGCGGGGGAGCGGGUAAGUUACGAUAUUCGGUCAGAUCGCAUGUCACUUUUGGUCGCACAAGCCGAAACCAAUACACUCCUCUCCUCCGGGACGAGUGUAAUAAUGAGAAAAGUCAAGACGAAUCGUUCAAUUUGAAAAAUCUGCCAGAUAGUGAGAAUGAUAACGACUCCGAUGUGGACAUCCCCGACCUAAACGGCACGUGUUUUAUCGUUUUUUGAUCUUGUCUUCUACCUCUGCUACGAUUUUGCUUCACCUGUUUUAAGCCAGCUGAAGUGAAUAAAAUUGCAGUUAAAGGGACUCAACUAAUCGUACAUUUGUUGUGCAGUGACCAUCAUGCUCACCAAUGGUCAUCGCAACCACUGGUGGGUAAGCGACCGUGGGGAAAUUUAUUGCUUUCCUCAGCCAUUUUAAUUUCCGGUAACACAUACCAACGCGUUAAAGAAAUGAUGCAAAUCGCAAGAAUACAUUUUUUGUGCAAAACCACCUUUUACGAAAUACAAAAAAAGUACAUAUUCCAAGCGAUUCACAAAAUAUAUUCCACUCAUCGAGAAUUGCGAUUUCAGUCUUACCUAGAAGGCAAUGAGGCACUAGACUUAGCAGGCGAUAAGAGGUGUGAUUCACCAGGUUACAGUGCAAAGUACGGAACUUACACGUUACUUAAUUCAAAAUCAAAUGAAAUAGUUGACUUUCAUGUAGUUCAUGUCGGCCAAGUUGGGAAUUCGUCGCGUAUGGAAAAACAAGGAUUGAUUGUUGUUCUUAAUCGUUUGUUAGAAAAUCAACUGUCAAUUGAAGGCAUUGCAACUGACAGGCACGUUCAAAUCCGGAAGUACAUGCGAGAAGAACGGAAGGAUAUUAAGCACCAUUUUGACGUAUGGCAUAUGGGGAAAAACAUUAAAAGAAAGUUGGUCAAAUGUUCCAAGAAAACAACUGCUAAAGAUUUACUUUCUUGGGUAAAAGCUGUCAUAAAUCAUUUCUGGUGGUGUUGCGCCUCUGGUAAUGGUAACGUGGUAGAGUUACGAGAGAAAUGGCUGAGUUUGUUGUGUCAUGUAAAGAACAAACACAAAUGGGAAAGCAACAAAAUAUAUCACAAAUGUGAACACUCUAAACUCUCUAAAUUAGAACAGCGAUCAAAAAAAUGGUUGAUGGAAGGAGCGCCUGCUUACAAAGCCCUUGAAUCUGUAGUUCGGGCUAAGUCUUUGUUGCGUGAUUUGAAGUACUUCGUCGAGUUCAAACACACAGGAAAUUUGGAAGUUUACCACUCACUCUACAACAAAUAUUGCCCAAAGAGGUUACACUUUAGCUUUGCAGGAAUGAUUGCUAGGUCACAACUCGCCGUUCUUGACUUUAAUGCUGGAGCUGGCUCCUCCCAUGCACAAACAUCGUCUGGAGAGCAUCGCUAUAAGCAACAAUACUCGAGGAUUACAGACUCCUGGGUUGUCAAAAAAGUUUACACGGAAAAGCAAAGGUCGUACGUAGAGGAUAUUGUAAGUGAAGUUAAGUAUUUGGUUAGAACUAAAGAAGGGUACGCAGCUCCCAAUGUCGCCGAUGUUCCAAAUUAUAUAGCGCCAAGAGAGAAACCAGAUAAAAAAGAAGCCAUUGAAAAUAUGAAAACAAGGUUUACAUUGUAAGAAUUUUUUUUUUAUUAGUAUUCAAUCCCCUCUUUAGCUCUAAGGUUGAAGUUGGUUCUUUUAUUCAGAAUCGGAAUCCGUGUUUUCAUACAGUCGUUUGUCGUCGGAUUUGCUC